AUGACAGAAGAAAAAAGUCAUAACGAACCAACCAAGAAUGAAAGCAGCGAAAAUAAGUACCUCUCCCAAAUUUACUCCUUCCUAAAUUCCAGUUAUAUUAAAAGUUCAUUUGAAAGUAAGCCUGAACAUGGUCAGAACAAACAGAAGACAAGACAUUUGUCUUCUCGAAAGGCCUAUGGCUACCUCGUGAGGAGAUUUAAGAAGGUUGCUAUCGAAUGCGACUUAUACUUGGAAGAAAUUCAAGUUAAAAAUGAAAAUGAGAAAUUCAUCGUUCAAAUAUUUGGGAGGAACUCCGUGACGUUAAAGAAGCUUUACAGAAAGAAAAAGAUGAUUGACCAUUAUUUUUUCCUCCUCAUUUUGUUCAAUGUCCUGUCCAAUUUGCCCUAUACCAUUAUACCAAUUCAAAAGUUUGUAGACAUUUGCGACAGUUACAUAACUCGGGGCGUGAAACUUCUGAUGAAGUUGAAUGCUUCCCAAUACGGUAGGAAGAAGCGAAUUCACAAAAUUUACUUCGAGUCGGUUUGCCACCUAUUUGUGUCAAUCUGGAAUAAUCACUAUUUUGAUUUUUCCCUCUCUAACACCUUGGUAAUUUUGAACUUUUUUUACAAAAUAUACAUUAUUCUGAAAAAGCUGGAAAUCCGGAACGUAAACCUGUUUGACAACAUAUACGUGCUGUGCGCGUCCUAUGUGAACAAAAUAAACUCGAUGUUGUGGUUCAGUACGUACCUCAUCAUCAAGCGGAUGCUCAUAGACGAGUGCGAAAUAAAAAUCAUCAAGAAAAAAAAGACCUUCCUGAUUUUGCCCAUUUUCAUCGACAUUAUAAAAAUCCUGGACGUGUACGACGAAAUUAUAAAAAAAACAAACGUAAGUUCCUUGGUCAAGUUGUACGAAGAGCUGAAAUUAUUUCUCCUUUUUUUUUUCCAUAAGUUGCUAUACAAUUUAAUAACAGAGCAGGACAUGCUUCCGCGAAACAUUUUUAAAUACCUCCAAAUUAAUAACAACAUUGCGUCCAACCGGAGAAGGAGAAGUGGAAAGGGGGACGAUUCCCAUAAGAAGGAGUCCAGUGAAUUGCACAACAGCUUUUACAAGUACACAAAUUCAAUCAACGAGAAUUUUGUGUUUUUCUCAUUUUUUGAAAAUUUUUGCUUGUUUAACACUUUUACCGAAAAGGAAAAGACAAACGAUUUUUUUUCUUCCCUGUCCCUUUCGUUCAACUCGAUAAAUUCAACCAGCUCUUCCAACGAAAAUGAUCCAGGGAGGGGUGCCCAGUACGAAAAGGGGCAUGUCGAAUCACCUGAACAAGGCUAUAAUGAUGCCUUCAGACAAAAUGAAGAAAGUGAAAAGUCGUCCCAAAUUAUAAGAAUGCACAAACACAAAAUUGACAUCCUUGAUAUGCAAUACAAUCACUUCUUCAUUCAUAAAUACAAAAAUGAAAAUAAAUUUAUUUUACUCAUUAAGAGUUACUUCAAUGAUUACUUGUGUGCUCUCGUGAACAGCUUGUACAUUUACUCGAAAAUUAUUUAUUCCCCUAGGAAAUAUGGUGCAGCUGACUGUAAAGAUGAUGACGGUCGUGCUGAGGGGCACCACAAGGAAGGUAGCAACUCAGGGGAGGAGAAUCAGCUAAAUCGAAAUGAAGAGAUACACAAGACGGGUGAAGAACAGAGAGGGGAUCUCCACGAGCCAUCCCCUUUAAUGGUUUCUUCGGAGGCACUGUCCUUAGGCCCCCCCGGUGAGAAGCGAUAUGACGCUGAGGAAAAUUGCAGUGUAGAUCGAACAUUGGGCGGAAUAGUAUUGGAUGCAGAUAAAAUGGCCCCAAUCGACAUUGGCGCUACCGACGUGACCGCGCUACGAAUGGGCCCUGGUGAAGUGGGGGAGUUCCACCUAAUCCACAGGCAGAAGGUGCAGCGGCAAGAAGGCAACGAGACGAAAGGCACGGGGAAGAAAAGGAAAUCUGGAAAAUUCCCCCAUGCACACACAAAAAUUGUAAACUCUUUAAUAAGCUUCUUGGAAGUAAUAUACAAAAAUAUAUUCAAAAAAGUGAUCAAAAAAAUACACACGUGCAAAAGUAUAAGCGACUUGAAGCUCUAUUCAUACAUAGAAAAAAUAUAUUCAAAUGACACGUACUACUGCUUAAAAAAAAGAUUAAAAAAAUUUUGCUUCGUUCUUUUCUUCUCCGUUACGCUCAAGAAUUUAAUUAAAAGUUAUGUAUAUAAAAUAAAAAAGGAAAAAGUAAGCAAAAAGAAUUUGGAAGAUUUCCAGUCCAUCCUCAUAUACGACACAUGCAGCUUCAUCAAAAUAUACAACCAACUAAGUGAAGCCAAUUGCAAAGAUUUUUUUUCAAAUAAAUAUAUCAACUUCCUCGUGUAUAUAAAAAACAUACUUACUUUGCCCCGGCAGAAACUACUACUCUUCCCGGUUAAAAACAGACACUUCUUUUUCUACAUAAAGAAUAAGCGAGUGGACAUCCAUUUUGACAGCUUCGUGGAAGAGUGCAAAUUGAAAUAUCAACAAAUGAGCGGUGAAAAGACGCUCCCCAAAUUUUGCCAACAGGAUUAUUAUGUACUUCCAAAUAGUAGAAACUCACAAAUUUCGCGAACCAAGUAUUAUGCAGCCGAUGAGGCAAAUCAGCUGGCACAUCAUCCAAGGACAAACAUCCUGGAACAGGCCAUUUACAACAUAUUUCAGUCUCUCAAUCCGUUCAGCAAAUUGCAAAGGAGAAGCGAUGCGGAUAGCUACUCCGGAUGGGACGCUAAUCAGGAAUACAGCUCUAUGAAAUCUGUCCACGAUAGGAAGAGGAAUCCCUAUAACAGCUCCACCAGCAUCGACACAGACGGGUUUGUUCAGGAAUGGAAAAAAAAAGGAAUGAACAAAGAGGAAAGAAGAAGGAAGAAUGAAGAAGAGGAAGAAAAAAAAAAAAAAAAAAAAAAAAAAAAAAAAAAAAGAAAAAAAAAAAAAAAAAAAAAAAAAAAAAAAUUAUGA